AUGAGGACCCUCGCCCUCCUCGCUGCCCUUCUUCUCUUGGCCUAUCAGACCCAGGCUGUGACCCUGGGAGAGAGAGAUGACCAGGUUCCUGCCCUGGACCAGACUGGGGCUGAGGUGCAGGACUUGACCAUUUCCUUUGCAGGGGAUGAACGUUCCACUCGAGACGCUUCAGACCGUAAGAGAAAACUAAAAUGCAAGUGCAAAUUAAAGUUUUCCGAUUCUUGA